CCUGGUUGGGAAUCUUUCAUUUUCCCUCCCUGAAGUUUAGAGGAAUACCACAACCUAGAAGAGAAGCAUCUGGAGGAGCUGCUGCAGAACAAAAUGGAAGAUUCACCUGCUGGCAUGGACCUCAGCCAUUGUCAGGAGGAACAGUCCGAGCAAGCAGAUGUUCAGGAAAUUUUGACUGAUGACAAUUCUCACACACCCCAUGAAAUGGAAAACAUGGACAACAACGAAGAUGCAAAGGAGUAUCAUUUGACUAAUGGAGGAGGAAGAGAAGGAGAUGCCUUUCCUCCCCCAGAAGAUGGUUUGCUUAAAGUCAAAGGUGAAUACGCUGAAAAGGAAGAUGGUGCUUUGAAAACUGAUGCAAUGGAAGCCCAAGGGGAGCCUGGAAUCCUUUAUAACUGUCGGAGGGAAUACAGAGAGUAUGACAGCAUUGAGCUAGAGAGGCAUUCUGGGCCAUAUGACCUCGUCAGGCCAACAAGUGGAAAGCUGAAUUGUGACAUUUGUGGAUUGGGUUGUGUCAGCCUCAAUGUUUUGAUGGUUCACAAACGCAGCCACACUGGUGAACGUCCUUUCCAUUGUAACCAGUGUGGGGCCUCCUUUACCCAGAAGGGUAACCUUCUCCGUCAUGUUAAACUUCAUACCGGAGAAAAGCCAUUCAAAUGCCACCUUUGUAGCUAUGCCUGUCAAAGGAGAGAUGCGCUCACUGGUCACUUAAGGACACAUUCUGUGGAGAAACCAUUCAAGUGUGAAUUCUGUGGACGGAGCUAUAAACAAAGAAGUUCAUUGGAAGAACACAAAGAGAGAUGCCGGACAUACCUGCAAAAUGAACCUGAAAGCACGGAGGGAAGGCAUUGCAAAACCGAGAUGGGGACGGAAAGGGCCCUUGUACUGGACCGUUUAGCGAGCAAUGUGGCCAAACGGAAAAGUUCCAUGCCACAGAAAUUUAUUGGUGAGAAACGCCCCAGCUUUGAAGUGAAUUACAGCCCUGGCUUUGUGUAUGAGAAGGAGAGAGAUGCCAUGCUGCAAGGAAGCAUGCUUGAUCCGGCCAUCCAUAAUGCUAUUGGCUACCUUGGGGCAGAAGCGCUGCGCCCCUUUGUGCAGCCUUCAGCAGCCCCAACUUCUGAGAUGGUGCCUGUGAUCAGCAGCCUGUAUCCCCUUGCGCUCACUCACACGGAAGUGCCCAACGGCAACCCAGAGGAAGAGGGAAAGAAUCACACCCCGCUGAGAGACAAGACGAUAUCUUCCAACAGAGGUCCCUCGCCAAACAACAGUGCCCAGGAUUCCACAGACUCAGACAGCAACCAGGAGGAGCACCAGAAUCAUGCCUACCAUCCAAACCAAGGGGCCACGCCUCCUCUGCAGGCCCGGAAUGGGCUUCUGGCUUUCAAGGAACACCCCAGGUCAUAUGACAUCUUCAGGCCCCCAACUAUUUGUCCUCGGGAUGUCCUGAAAGUUUUCAACAGGGAAGGUGAACUCAUCGGGGUCUACCGAUGUGACCACUGCCGUGUCCUCUUCCUGGAUUAUGUGAUGUUUACAAUCCACAUGGGAUGUCAUGGCUUCCGUGACCCUUUUGAAUGUAACAUGUGUGGCCACAGGAGCCAUAACAAGUAUGAGUUCUCCUCCCACAUAGUCCGUGGUGAGCACAGAAUGGGACUGAAAUGAGAGCAGGAUGCCUAAAGCAUUUUUAGACUGUAGAUGUGUACCUCAAACGUAAAUCAGUUUGAAACCAGUUUAAGUAUUGGGACCUAUCCCAAACAACCCUGGGCAUUUAUAUUUUCUUGCCUUCAUAGAACUGCAGUUCCCAGGGUUUCUUGUCUGAAAACCAGGAGAGUUAAACUGGUCUAAAAUUAUUUUACAUUUGUAGUGUAAUGACUUCCAGAAAGGUGGCCACACUGGCCUGCUGCAGCAAGAACAACAAAGAGUCUCAUGGCAUAUUUAUUUUGGCAGAAGCUUUCAUGGACACUGUCUGCUUCCUCAGAUGCACUAAGCCCAAACUGGCAGAUGCUGCCAUGGAGUAUAAGGGGGACUUGAAUGUGCAUAAAGGACAAAUUAUGAUCAAUGUGUAAUACAGUGAGGUACUAGUUAUCAUCCAACAACAUUUUGUGCAUGGCAAUUAUUAAGAGGCCAUGAUCUGUCUACUUUUUUGCAUUUCAAUUCCUUCUAACCACAAGGUUUAUAUCGCUCUUACUACCCCAAUAUGUGUUCAUACAUCUGUCAAUGUGACCUGAACAUUUCAUAUAUCAGAUGAAGUAGACAGUGGCUAUGAAAGCUCAUGCCAGAAUAAAAAUGCUAGCCUCUAAGUGCCACAAGACCGGCAUAUUUGUAGAGUAGCAAAUCUCUUAUUAUGGUUAUUAUUAUUAUUAUUAAAACUGCAGAUACAUUACUUCUGAAUUUUGCUGUUUCAGUUGUAAAACGGUUAAGCUCACAUCUGCUUUGCCCCCUGAAACUGAUUCAACUGCCAUGGAUCCCCCUCCCCCCACCAACAGUGCUUAAUUUCUAAAAGAAAAAUUGAGAGAGUUAUGUCAGGGCUUACUUUCUAAGAUUAGGCAUUUGGAGAUUACUGGAUUAAAACUGUGGUGAUCAGAAAGCACUUUGUGAAUGGUCAGAAGUGUUGCCCUUCAUCAGAGCCAGCCCUCCUAUCUGCAUGCAAAGCAUGUGCUCCACCACGGAGCUAUAGUCCCUGUCCAAGAUAAGGUUUUAGAUACAGUAAGUGGUAUAUAAAUCUAUUAAAUAGAGCAGCAGCAUGUCACAAACAUCCCUCUGCCAUGCUGUUUUUUGUUCCCUUCUUUUUUUCCUAGAGACAGACUUUUUCUGUAGGAGAACAUACAAACCAGUGAUUUCCUCCACAGGCUGCCUGAUGCAGUGCAGUCCAGAGAAGAUUUUAGCAUGUCAUUCUGUCUUGGAUUAUGGCAUUAGAUAGUGAUUCUGGGACUAAGAACCACACUUGAUUCUUUCCUCAAAUAACACCCUUGCCAUGAGUUGUAUUUCUACUUACCAUGGAUGUUUGCGCUGCUGCACUUCCCAGUGCUCCUUGGUGAGGACCCAUUGUCAUUAAACAGCCCGUUUGCUGCAGAUGUAUAACAGUUUCCCCUGUCAGUAGCAAGGAGGCAAACAUGGUUUUUGUAGCACUGAUAAGCCUUUUGUAUAAGUAUUGCUGGCAUUAUGUAGUAUUCUUAUUUCUGUGUUUGUGUGUGUUGUAUGCGGCUUCCUCCCCCUACAGCUUUAGUCCUCUGAGACACCUCUGCUUCUGGCCAGCCCGCUGUUUCUGUACAUUGAGGCAUUACUACUGUUCAUUUUGAACAGCAUUGGCUGCCUUGGAAGAAGCAGUAGGCAGAAACAAAGUAAAAUGUGGUGAAUCAGAGAUGGAGUCUGACAGAGUUCAAGAAGGCAUAAGCUCCAGGCCUAGCAAUAUGAGGUACUUGGGCAGAUUCUGAUGUAUGACUGUCUUUUCAGAGCCCAGCACUGAUUAGCAGAAAAAACACUGGUUUUAUCAGUGGAAAAUAUUUACUGGUCAGCUAAAGGGCAAACCUCCCUCCCUCCCUCCCUCCCUCCCUCCCUCCGUGUGUGUGUGUGUGUGUGUGUGUGUGUGUGUGUAGAUCACAUGUCUAUAGUCACAGUGAGAUGUGUUCACACAUAUGUAUAGAAUGUCACAACCUUUACUCUUAUGCUGCAUUUUGCAAUUCAACCUUAUGUUCAAGCAUAGUAGCCCCAGGGCAGAUGCGGUGGCCUGUUUCCUUGGCCAUACUCCUGGUCUCCACAAUGAAUCUUCAGCUUCAGUAGUACCAAAUAAGACUGUAGCCUUGCAGAGACCUAAGAAAAAACGCAAUUGCUCAUGCAGUUGCCUAACUCUGAAGCAAGGCUAACGUUGUUCAUGUUCUGGCAUUUCUAUAAUAAUACCCUUUCCUCAGGCCCUCUCAAUAUGAAGUUUCUGGCUGUGAACCCAAGAGCAGGCCACUGAAUCUUAAGGCAGCUUGGUUCCCCUCUAUAAAAACCUUUCUUCUUCCUGGAAAUCUAAAGUUGCACCCCUGCAGGCAAAGAUCACAACAACUUUCAUUAGGAAUCCACUUACUCUGCUAGGACAUGUACAUCUCACAUUUUAUCUUUUGCUAGUUUUCUCCCCCAAAUUAUGCACAUACUUGCUUCCCUCAAUCUGCUGCCUCCAUGGGAGAAUGAGAUUUGAGGUAGCAACCUGAGAGUCACUGCUGCUGAGGCAUGGAAUGCUCCUUGUGCGUCUGACGGGCUGCUAUGUCUGGUCAAAUUUUUUUUGAACAGCCGGCAGUGAUGGUUUUAGUAAGCCACUUUCAAAAUUUGGAAAGCUAUCCUUUAGUAGGCUAGCUGGUUCUUCAAGAAAAGCUGCUGCUGCUUGAUUCAGCAGCCGGGGAAUGUCAACAUAGGGUGCUUCCAGAAGAGGCAUGUAUUGUACAACAGCCUUCUGUAACUUAGGGAAAUUUGCAAGGAGUCCAGAUGGCACCUUCUGCUGCCUAGCAGUUUUCACACUGCUACUUCCACCAUUUUUCUUACCAGCAAAAAUCUGAGGAUGGAAAGAUGGAAUAGCUCCACAUGUCUUGUGACAGCACCAGCAGCCCUCUGAAAGCACUCAUAACUCUCAUGUGAGGGUGAAUCCUAGAGAAGCCCUUUCACUUCCUAGUUGGAAGAAGCAAUCCAUUGGAACACUUCAUGGUGGAUCAUAGGAGAGGCUAGUAAGAAGUCAGGUUUAGCAGAGGAAGAAGCAAAAGUGGGCCAGGAAUCUAAGCACCUCUUAAAUACAGGAAUCAUGUUCUAAAGAAAGCUUAAAACAGAGAGAUUUUUCCACUGUUGACCAGUGGUUUUAUCUGAUGUUAAAAGUAAGUUAUGAGUCUGCACUGUAGAGAAACUGGCAUAGCUCAUUAUUGCAGACCAAAAAUUAGGGAGAUGCAUUGAAAAAGGAAGGUUUCAGAACCUACAGAAAUGUUAUAGAAAACUGUAAGGGAGGAAUCUAAGAACCUCUUCACAUGUAAAAGUUAGAUAUUUGUGUCAAUAAAUGUUUGAAAAGUCAUGCCUCACAUUUCUAUGAAUCCCAGGAUGGCCUUUGUUUCUCUGUUGAGUGUAUGCAUACACAAGGAUAAGAUCAGAUUUGCUGCCCUAAGGCUGUACCCCACUCCCUGAACACCACUGCAGUGCAUAGGAACCUGGAAGCCUGCCUUUUCAGAGCCCAGCACUGAUUAGUCCUUCUAGCUGGUCCAUCUAGCCCUUUAACAUUGACUGCUGACUGGCAGGGUCUUCCUGGCCCUAGCCAGGGGCUUCAGGUAGGGUCCAUUCCUAGCCCUAGGAAGCUGGGACCUUCUGCAUGCAAAGCAAAGUGUUCUAGCACCGUGCUGGAUUGCAAGGCUGCGGGCAAGGGAAUACUCUACAGGCAACAUCAAUUGACAUAAGCAGGGCAGGUUGGGCAGCUCAGCAUGCACCACUGUUUCUGGUCUGCUUUGAAGGAGGUGGUUGAAGGAGCAUGGGUCCUUGUGUCCUGGCCCAAGAAGCUUAAUUCAAAAGCAUGUGCCAAAAAAGAACUGAGACUUUCCACCAAAUUUCACAUUUUGAAGUAAAUAUGGAGUUUCUACUGGGGCAAGAAAGAUAGAGGAAUUUUGAGAGAAACAGAAAGAUUUUAGUAAGUAGCAAAAUAUCUCAGCUGACUGGAGGUGGGGAGAAAUCCAGUACUAGCCACCAAAUUUUACCUAACAUGAAAUUUCAACAUGUGAUUUACAACUAGAGUGAGAGAUGUUGAGGUAGGGAAACAGGGUUCUAUAAGACUCAUGAAAUAUCUCAACAUUGUGAAGGAAGAGCUGCAUAUCCUCACUUGUAACCUUAAUUAGCCUCCUCUGGCAGGCUGACCUCACUCCUGGAGAACUCUGGCAUAAGCUCUAUUACUUUGGGAGAGGAAGAUGUCAAAAGUUAACCAUUCAAUUGUCCCCACAACCUCAGGUGACAGCUAAGAAUUCGGGGUACCUGUUAAUGUUUUUCUGCAUGAACAUUGCUACUACUGAAAAUGGCUGUAUAUCCAAAGGCACUGUGCUUUAAAAAUGUUUCUCCACUUGUUCUGUAGUUGGACAAUGACAAUAACUUUAUACCUUGUUUUCUCAGUGUGUUUUUAAAGCCUUAUCUAUAAAGUUAGCUGAUGGAUUUAUUUUUAAUACAGUGUGCUUUUCAGCACCCAUGACUCUGUGUGUUUCAUGUGUUUCAUUUCAGUCAUAAUAAAGGGGGUAGCAGAACAGUUUGUGGACUGAAGAGCAUAGAAUACUUUCUGAACUUGUAUGCACAACUUGUGUACCUGUGGAUUUGCUAGACACAGUGGCAGAUCAGCACCUGAUGAAUAGGAGACUGCAUCCAGAGGCAUAGUAUUUCUUGCUUU